UUCCUGUUCACUGGUUGCAAGAUAAACAUAGCGACCAGCUAAACCGUUAACGUUAAUGGACGGUUGCGUCUCCUCCUCCCCCUCUCAGGGCCACCCGGUGCUGUUGCCGGGUAAAUGUUGGGCGUUCCAUGGCGUCCAGGGCUCUCUGGUGAUCUCUCUGUCUCACCCCAUCACUCUCACUCAUGUGACGCUGGAUCACCUGCCUCGCUGCAACGCCCCCGCCGGACACAUAGACUCCGCCCCCAGAGACUUUGAGGUCUACGGAAUGAAGGACGACAUAGAAGAAGGAACUCUUCUGGGAACGUUCACCUACGAUGAAGACGGAGAGUCAACGCAGACCUUCAGGCUGCCUAACCCCAGCGACGCGGUGCAUCGCUGCGUGGAGCUGCGAGUCCUCUCUAACUGGGGUCACGUUGAGUACACGUGUCUCUACCGCUUCCGUGUGCACGGACAGAUCGCCAGCACGCGCUGACCGAGCCUCUCGCUCCGCAUGUCAGCAGAGUGCAUUUCAACAUGUACGAGUCACAUUAAAGGUGGUGGUCUGAGGUGCGUUCAGGGGCCAAAUGCUACUGCUGGUUUGCUGUGUUUUUGGAUUGCUUCAUGUUAAAGUGACAGGAUGCUUUUUAUUUUUUUACUGCACAAUUUAAAAGCGACAGUUUGAAGUGAGGUUGAAACAGGUACUUAUACACAGUCAGGGGUGCUUCAAAGACACCACGGUAGCUGCUGCUCUACCGCUGCCUCCAGCAGGUAGUCAGUGUUAAGUGACUUUGGUGUUUUAAAUAGUUUGUUCAGAUUCACUCAAAUAACACAAACUAGCAAACAGGUCUUCAAACAAUCCAAACUAUGCUUUUAAUAUUUCACAACGUCUGAUUAUAUUUGUGUUUUAUUCUCGAUAGUUCUGUUCGGUCUGUUGCUCGUUUCUCUUCAUUUCAAUCGACGAGUCACUCCGUGAUUAAACAUCAGGUAAAGUAUAUAUAAAUAUACAAUCAUAACAGAAAUCACUUCACUUUGAAGUGAAAUGUUUCUAAAAACCAAAGAAAUCUUAAAGUUGUGCCACAGAAUCACUUUUUAAACCGUUGUUAUUAAUUGAACUAUUGAUCAGGUGAAAUGUUUUAAAUGAACCUCGAGGUUUAUUACAUGAUAUUAAUGAAGUUUAAUAAUAGGCUUGUUUUUAACAUUCUCUGUCCGUCUUAUGUCCAAUAUUUAAUAUCUUUAGAAUAUAAAGAUCUGUUCGGUUAAGUUCUCAAACACAAAUAUCAGUUCCAGAUAUUAUUGAAACAGCAUCACGAGACCGAUAUAUUUGUAAAAACCUCUUUGAAGACGUCGCGUUGACUUCGUGACGCUCUUCUUCUCUUAUGACUCGUACGAGACAGAAAAGUGUUAUUUAUUUGUAAGAUGAGAAUAUUGAGGAUUGUAGAAGAACCCGUUUGUUGCAGAACAUCAGAGACUUGUUGUGAAGUUCACUGGAGGUGGACCAGGUCUAGUCCAUCAUCAAAGGACCAGCAGGAAACAGGAUCAGCAAUUAUUUAUUAUAGAUUUCUAUUUUUUUUUAUGAUUGUUUUGCAGGUUAAAUGAAUUUUCUAAUCUUUUGUAUUCAAGCUGCUGAUCGGAGUGAAUUCGGUACAGAUCUGGUGUUAUGAAUGCGUGAUCUUGUGAAACCGUGGAUUAUGAUUUGCUGCGCUUACCAAACCUUUUACGUCAAAGGUUGAAUUAAAAAUGAUGUCAAAUCUGUGUUAUGAUACACAGGACAAUGUGUAAACAAUGAACAAACAAUCCAGAUAGUUGUUGGUGUGAAGACGUUUACAAGCAACACAGAUAUGAACUACGUCCAUCUUCUCCAGACACGUCUGAUGAUCUAAAAUCACUUCAAUAACAUUUUGCUGACUGUCAGAAUCUGCCCAAGGUGUUCUCCAGAGUACUUGAUGCCCAUCUGUAAGCCAAAGUGGGAUGUUUGUCUGAUUUAAUAAAUAUGAGAUAAAAAUA